CUUUCCCGGCCAGCGGUAGAGGGGGCACGAUGAAGCGGGAGGGUGGCGCUGCGAUUCCCGAGCGGCCACAGGCGGGGGAUGCUGCCCGAGGACCUUAGAUGCCUCUCUAGAGCAUGAGCUCGGGCAAGAGCGCCCGCUACAACCGCUUCUCCGGGGGGCCUAGCAACCUUCCUACCCCAGACGUCGCCACAGGGACCAGAAUGGAAACGACCUUCGGGCCCGCCUUUUCGGCUGUCACCACCAUCACAAAAGCCGAUGGGACCAGCACAUACAAACAGCACCGCAGGACGCCCUCUUCCUCCAGCUCCCUUGCCUACUCCCCACGGGACGAGGAGGACAGCAUGCCCCCCAUCAGCACCCCACGCCGCUCUGACUCGGCCAUCUCCGUCCGCUCCCUGCACUCAGAGUCCAGCAUGUCCCUGCGCUCCACAUUCUCGCUGCCUGAGGAGGAGGAGGAGCCGGAGCCGCUGGUGUUUGCCGAGCAGCCCUCGGUGAAGCUCUGCUGCCAGCUCUGCUGCAGUGUGUUCAAGGACCCUGUGAUCACCACUUGUGGGCACACCUUCUGUCGAAGAUGCGCCUUGAAGUCAGAGAAGUGUCCCGUGGACAAUGCCAAGCUGACGGUGGUGGUGAACAACAUCGCAGUGGCUGAGCAGAUUGGCGAGCUCUUCAUCCACUGCAGGCACGGUUGUCGGGCAGUGGGGGGCGGGAAGCCCACUGUCUUUGAGGUGGACCCCCGAGGGUGUCCCUUCACCAUCAAGCUCAGCGCCCGGAAGGACCACGAGGGCAGCUGUGACUACAGGCCUGUGCGGUGCCCCAACAACCCCAGCUGCCCGCCCCUUCUCAAGAUGAACUUGGAGGCACAUCUCAAGGAGUGCGAGCACAUCAAGUGUCCCCACUCCAAGUACGGGUGCACGUUCAUUGGAAACCAGGACACGUAUGAGACGCACUUGGAGACCUGCCGCUUCGAGGGCCUGAAGGAGUUCCUUCAGCAGACGGAUGACCGCUUCCACGAGAUGCACGUGGCACUGGCCCAGAAGGACCAGGAGAUUGCCUUCCUGCGCUCCAUGUUGGGCAAGCUCUCAGAGAAGAUCGACCAGCUGGAGAAGAGCCUGGAGCUCAAGUUCGAUGUCCUGGAUGAAAACCAGAGCAAGCUCAGCGAGGACCUCAUGGAGUUCCGGAGGGACGCGUCCAUGUUGAAUGACGAGCUGUCCCACAUCAAUGCACGGCUGAACAUGGGCAUCCUAGGAUCCUACGACCCGCAGCAGAUCUUCAAGUGCAAAGGAACUUUUGUGGGUCACCAGGGCCCUGUCUGGUGUCUCUGCGUCUACUCAAUGGGGGACCUGCUCUUCAGCGGCUCCUCUGACAAGACCAUCAAGGUGUGGGACACAUGUACCACCUACAAGUGCCAGAAGACGCUGGAGGGCCAUGAUGGCAUUGUGCUGGCACUCUGCAUCCAGGGGUGCAAGCUCUACAGCGGCUCAGCCGACUGCACCAUCAUCGUUUGGGACAUCCAGAACCUGCAGAAGGUGAACACGAUCCGGGCCCACGACAACCCGGUGUGCACGCUGGUCUCCUCACACAACAUGCUCUUCAGCGGCUCCCUGAAGGCCAUCAAGGUGUGGGACAUUGUGGGCACCGAGCUGAAGCUGAAGAAGGAGCUCACCGGCCUCAACCACUGGGUGCGGGCCCUGGUGGCUGCCCAGAGCUACCUGUACAGCGGCUCCUACCAGACAAUCAAGAUCUGGGACAUCCGGACCCUCGACUGCAUCCACGUCCUGCAGACAUCUGGCGGCAGCGUCUACUCUAUUGCCGUGACGAAUCACCACAUUGUCUGUGGCACCUACGAGAACCUCAUCCACGUGUGGGACAUUGAGUCUAAGGAGCAAGUGCGGACCCUGACAGGACACGUUGGCACUGUGUAUGCCCUGGCGGUCAUCUCAACGCCAGACCAGACCAAAGUCUUCAGCGCAUCCUACGACCGGUCUCUCAGGGUCUGGAGUAUGGACAACAUGAUCUGCACACAGACUCUGCUGCGUCACCAGGGCAGUGUGACUGCGCUGGCAGUGUCCCGGGGCCGGCUCUUCUCAGGAGCCGUGGACAGCACCGUGAAGGUGUGGACUUGCUAACAGAAUCCAGGCCAGGUCUUGGCUUCCUCUGGGCCUGACCUAGGCCUGUCCAAGUCCAGCGAGCCACAUGGCUGGUCUUGGGGGUCUCUGCCUGCCCCAUGGGAGCAGGCAGGCAGACUCAGCCAGGCAGACAGUGCCCUCCCUGCCCUGCGCCCAGUGAGCCUCCCUCUGCUUGGCCUUGUCAUCGUCACUGCCAGGACAGUUCCCAGCCUGUCUGGGUGCCAGGUACGACGCUCACCAGGCCCACCCUCCAUCCCCACUCCAGAUGGACUGUGGGCCUUUUUACUCACCUUUUCUACUGUUUUUAGACUGUAUAUAAAUUUGAUUACUUCCUGAUUGAAAUAAAAGCUGCACA